CAGAGAUGCAAUGGGCGGAGAAAGAUAAGAAAAUCAUAGGAGCUUGGGACGUCUUUCCUUUUUUUUAUGGAAAAGGGGCGCAAGUUCGGUGUCGGAUUUAUGGUGGUAGAGAGACUUCGUCGUCUACGACUGUCGUUCAGCAUCUCGAUCAUUUGUGGUCACGUCACGAUGGAAGGAAAGGACGAUCAACUAACUCUUUGAUCUCUCUAGUGAGCUCUGCGCCACUUUCUCCUGCAUAAAAAUCGUGCUAGGCGACAAAGAUAAUAUUUUUCUUUCUAUAAUUUUUGGCUGGCAAUUUUUCCGACAGGGUAGUAGUAUAAUUUUCGUUCGAAUAAUGAACGCCGAAACCGCUUUGUCUUUCGACACAAUUUGGAAACAUGGUAGUUUUUAUCACCAAGUACCAGCAUAAGAAGAUUCAUAAGACUAUGUGGAUGUAAGCGAAUAGGAAAACACGAUACCUAAUGGGCCAUAUUGCGAUAGAACCUUGGACACGCUUUCAGUGUGUCAGCAACUUGGAUCGCUAUCCAUCGGAUAUUGUGUCUAAGAAAAGAUAUUCGCACGCCGUUGUAAAGCAAAGAACGUACGUUUUAAUGCACGAGGAAACCUCGACGUUGAAAAGUUGCGACGGCUACAGACAGCCAAUAGACUCAGCUUUCACUUCUACUCGAAUAUAGCAUUACCCACCACACCGACCCCUGCAAACAACAGGCUCACAUGCCGCGCUCUAUACGUACCGCCGCUAUGGAAUGAAUACGCCCAUGUAGUGAGUGUAACAUUGAGCACAACUUUAAGCUCCGUUCUCCUCUUCGCGACUCAUUGUCUUUCGAUUCUUUACUCUAAUGUUGGAAUGCGUGAAAGAGCUGCCAAUUUGAAUAGCAACGGCAACAUACACAUACAACAUAAGAAACGUAACCGGUCUAAGGGCUAACGAAGAAAAGACAAAAUGCUUUCAAGCCAUCCACAAAGAGUCUUUACGUAUUUGGGUCACACAUUAUUGUUGGUAAAUACUUAAGAUCCAGCAUAAACACCACCAAUAAUGUCAGCCUGUAGAUCAAGCGGAGAAUAAGUCUUGCCAACAAAUGCUACUUUGAGCUCGAAAGACAAUUUAAAAGCAAAGUCUCUCUCGAAGAAGAAAAAUUACGCUCUGGCUCCUUUAUCAUCAGCGUUCUUUUAUAAAGCGGAAAAACAUGGACGAUGUUAACGUAAAGUUGGCAAGGCUCUCGAGUGAACUAUUUUACGAAAGAUCGAUGGCCCUGUUUGCGGGGGCUAUGGGUACCGUAUAAAAAGGAACCACGAUCUGAAUGAGCUUUAUAAUGGCAUGGACAUAGUUAAGCGAGUAAAACCGAUUGCAUUGGCUAUGGGUAUGAUGGUGAAAAGAUUCUUCUACUCGGCAGCCAUAGAUGAACAACGAAAGCAAUGGCGCCCACAAAUCCAAUGGACACAAAAAAAAGACAUGUCUGCUCUUGCGUUAAACAACUAGCGCAACUGAGCAAAGAAGAAGCAAAUGGCAAAGUUUUUGGUCUUGGCCCAAACCGACAAACGCAUGUGUAGUGUCAAAAAAGAGGAAGCUGAAUUGAUUUGUCCAGAGUUUCAACUCUAGGGACACCUACUUUGUUUCCUGCUGAUUUACAAAACUUGUAUUUAUUUACAUAUUUAUUUUUCUUGCUUGACUCUCAUUUUCAAAUUGGCUUCAUUGAAAAGGAUUUGUUGUGUUAUAUUUUUUGAAAUUCAAUUUAACUGUUGACAUUGAAUUUAUUUACUAACAUUAACCAAGCUACGGAUCCCAACUACUACUUGCAACUAAGGUAACCAAAUAAUCCACGGUUGGUGACUUGUGCAACCAGCUAAAUGCAUGACAACAAAUUAAAAUAGAGCAAACAAUAAACAAUUGCUUAAAUUGAAACGCGUUUUGAUUAAAAUUGCGUUAAAGAAAACCUUUUUCUAAAUACAAACAAAAAAACUAUGGAUCCUACUAAGCAACUUGGAAUUGGCAAAGAGACAGUGAGGACAGAGCAGCUGGCGCGUCGAAAUUUUCAGAAAAAAUGGGCCAAACUUGGUGAUCAAAAAUUUAAUAAAUUCUAUAACCAAAAUGAAGUCAACCAGCAAUUGAAAGAUGUACUCAGAAAACAAGAACUAUGCCCCUUCAAAUAUACCGGUCAAGGUGAUUCAUAUUUCCUUUCACCCGACAUGUACAACUCAUUGGUAGCCAAAUGUCGUUGUGGUCGUCAGCGAAGUGAAACACAUAUUUUAAAAUGUUUGCAAAAGACAGAAAAUAUAUUUAAUAAAGCAGCAUCUUCAAAAGCUGUUGAGGUCAACAACGCUUCUAGGCAAGAGCAGAAUGCUAAAAAUGAAGGCAAAUCCGUGAAAGUUGAUAACAAAUACGCUGCUGACGUGUCACUACCAAAAACUACAAAUUCUUUGAUUGGUUGGCAAAAACGUCCUUCCAGCUACAGGGAAUGGGAAAACUCGAUGAAGCAUAUUUCACCAAUCGCCACUAUGACUGAACCACGUCUGACUCAAACAGCAUACCAUGUUUUACAUAUUGCCUAAAUUUAUAACAAUUAUGUUAAAC